UCAUAGUCAGUUGUAGGUCACGUUCGUGAAUCUGAUCCAAUACGGAACCUGCGCGCGUGCUACAGCCAUUCACUCUUCUUUCAUAUUAGCUUCAUAUUCAAGCAGAAAACCUACAAACCCUAACCCUAACCCUAAUUCCCUUAUCCGAUCAUGGCCACCAAUGCCUGUGACUCUCGUCGCAAGCAUCACCGAUCAUCCUCUCCGGAGGAAAUGGAGAAAUCCUCGAAGCGACACAAGCACCGCCACCAUAGUCACCGCCACCGCCACGGAAGCAAAAAACGCGAGGCAGAGAUUGAAUACGAUGAAGGAACGGUUGCUGCGGUUCCGUCUCCAACUCCCCCUCCUAAUCUUCGUCCGCACAGCCAUCUCCCUGACGACGAUGUGGAGGAGGGAGAAAUCCUCGAAGAUGAGGCUUUUGACGGCGAAGUUGGAAAAAAGCAGACGGAAUCUGAUGUCGAACCGGGUGAAAUCAAGGUGACAGGAGAUCGAGAUGCUCGAUCUGAUAAUCGAAUUCAGGAACGCUUUACUAAAAAAAAUUCAGAAGCUAGAGAUAAGGACAUUAGCAGUGAUGAUGGUUCUCCUAACCAUGGUGCCAGGCCUAAAGAUGGAAAGAAUGCUCGAGCUAGUACUGAUGGUGUGGGCAAUGGUUAUUUGGAUCCUAGAUCUUCCAAAGGGGAUAAGUGGCAGAAUGGGGAACUUGGACAUUUUAAAGGAAAUAAGAAACUAAAAGGUGACUUUGAUGACAAAACACUGGAGGCUAAUUCAAGAACAGUAUGUUACCAGAGGAACUCAUCCUCGGAAAGUGGAGGAGAAAAAUAUAGAAUGUUAGGAAAUUCUCCUUCUCAUGAUAGAUAUAGAAGUCGAUCAAGAUCAACUGGUCAUACUAGGGACAGAUCUCGUUCUCGUAGUAUCGUAGAAGAGUAUGCUCAUUCCAAGAGAAAGCACUCUGGGGAUCAAGGGUCCCUUUAUUAUACUGGAAGACAUAAGACUGAUUAUGACCACGAUGAGGAAAAAGUGAGGGCACAUGGAAGAGAGCAUGGUCAUGGCAAUAUAGAUUUGGUGGUAGAUGAUAGAAGGGACUACAGUACCAGAUAUCUCAGUCGGGAGGCCCGGGAUAGGGAUAGGAGUAGGGAGUCUAGGGACAGAGAUGUGGAUAGAGACUUAUACAGAGAAAGGAGACAAGAGGAAACAAGCAGGGGUAAGGAGAUUGAGUGGGAGCGCAAAAGAGUAAAAGAAAGUGAUAGGAGCCAUGAGAGGUAUAGAAGGGAUGUAGAAAAUGAUAGGAGCAGGGAAAGGGAGGAUGAUCGGGACAGGAGACGAGAAAAGGAAAGGGAGAUGGUAUUUGAGAGGGAUAGGAGAAGGGAGAAGGAAAGAGAUAGAAGUAGGGACAGAACAAGGGGUAGCGAGAGAGAUAGAGACCUGGAGAAUGAAAGGGUUGGUAAGAAUCGGGGAAGGGAUAACAUUAAGGAGAGGGAAAGGCGAGAUGAUAGAUAUAAGUACAAGGAUAGAGACACUUCAAAUGGUAAGGAUAGGCAUCUACGUCAUGAGGAUGGUAAUGAGAACGGAGAUAAAUAUAGAAAACAUUCAAGACAUGAAGAAAAUGAAUACCAUCGGGAAAGAAAAAGAAAUUCUGAUAAUCCUCCAAAGUUUUAUAAUUCAAUGGGAAGUACUAUGGAAGAGGAUGCAAGCAAACUAACAAGCAGUGAGGUUGAACCGGAUGACCUAGAGGAAGAUACAUUGCACUUACCUGAGCAAGAAGAAGAAGAUCUCAACAGGAUCAAAGAAGAGAGUAGAAGAAGAAGGGAAGCAAUAAUGGAGAAAUACAAGAAGCAGCAUCAGCAAGUAGAACAAGAGGUUGGAAAUGAAGGAAAAGACAAGGAUACAGGCAUUCCUACAAACAUUUCUGAAGCACGUGAUGGUAAGAAGGGUGUUGAUUAUGAGGAGCCAUCAUUUGCUGUUGGGAAAUCUCCUGAAAAUGUGAACGUUGCUUCUAAGAAGAUAUCUGGGGCUGGAGGCCUGGGAGAGGGUACUCCAAAGAGUGAGAGGUCUGAUGACAAGUUUUGUGAUGAUAUAUUUGGUGAGACACCUACAGGAGUUCGGAAAUCAGGAAAAGGAGAUGGUUUACUGAUUGAGAGGGUUGACCUACAUGACAAUUGGGAUGACGCAGAAGGGUAUUACAGCUAUCGUUUUGGUGAAAUACUUGAUGGCCGAUAUGAAGUCACUGCUGCACACGGAAGGGGUGUCUUUUCAACAGUUGUUCGGGCAAAGAACCUUAAGAUAGGAAAUGGCGAGCCAGAAGAAGUGGCAAUAAAAAUUAUUCGUAAUAAUGACACCAUGUACAAGGCUGGUAUGGAUGAAUUGGUCAUAUUAAAGAAAUUAGUAGGUGCAGAUCCAGAUGAUAAGCGUCAUUGUGUUCGUUUCCUUUCAAGUUUUAGAUACAGGAAUCAUCUUUGUUUAGUUUUUGAAUCUCUUAAUAUGAAUCUGCGUGAAGUUUUAAAGAAGUUUGGUCGCAAUAUUGGCCUUAGGCUAACAGCUGUGAGAGCAUAUGCAAAACAGCUUUUUAUUGCACUGAAGCAUCUCCGGAACUGUGGUGUUCUUCAUUGUGAUAUAAAGCCAGAUAAUAUGUUGGUAAAUGAGGCCAAAAAUGUUUUGAAGCUUUGUGACUUUGGUAAUGCCAUGUUUGCUGGUAAAAAUGAAGUUACACCAUAUCUUGUGAGUCGUUUUUAUCGUGCCCCUGAAAUAAUACUUGGCUUGCCGUAUGAUCAUCCAUUGGAUAUUUGGUCUGUAGGCUGUUGUUUGUAUGAAUUGCAUACAGGGAAGGUUCUUUUCCCUGGACUUACAAACAAUGACAUGCUCCGGCUUCAGAUGGAAUUGAAGGGCCCUUUUCCGAAGAAGAUGCUACGUAAGGGAGCAUUUACUGAACAGCAUUUUGAUCAGGACCUAAAUUUUCUUGCGACUGAGGAGGAUCCUGUAACCAAAAAGACCAUAAAGCGGCUGAUUCUCAACAUUAAGCCAAAAGAUAUUGGGACACUCAUCACUGGCUCGCCUGGGGAGGAUCCAAAAAUGUUAUCCAACUUUAAAGAUCUUCUGGAAAAAGUUUUUGUCUUGGAUCCAGACAAGAGGCUGACAGUGUCACAAGCUCUGAACCACCCAUUCAUCACUGGCAAGUGAACAAUGUUGCUGAAUUUGACUCCCGAAAUGAUAUACACUGAUAUUUGUACAUAAUGAUCCAAUUAAUAUUGAGGUUCUAAUCAUUUGGCACUAUUUAUCUUCUGUGUAUGGCCCAAGGAGUGUCAUCACAGUUGUCAGCCUGUUGAAGUGAAAAAGGGUGAUGUCUCUACAGGCGUACACUUUACUGGCGGUUCUUUCAGUGGAAUGUACUGUUUCUAUUGAGACAUAUCACUGCUUUGAGGCAGCCCUUCCAUGCUUAGAUGCUUAAAAGGAACCCAGGAGAAGGUACCUUGGUUUGUUUAUUGGGAGAUUAAUUUCACUGUGCUAGAAUAACUGCCACGUUUGAGUAGGAUUUUGUUAAGAUGAGCCUGAAUGGUCUUUUUUCAGUCAUCAGGAUAACCAAUGGUUGUUGGUGCUGUUUGAGCACAUGUAAGCACAGUAAUUGUUUUGUUUAUUAGUGAGGUACAUGAGUUUAGGGGCAGUGGUUAGUGUCAAAACCGCAUCCUCAUCCAGAUACAGGUGCCACUAGGCCAAAUGUCCAAUUGCUACUGCCUUUGCAAUAGUUCAGUAUAAGUGGUAGAAUUUCAAGUGCUGCCUUUUCUGCUUCUUUCAGUUAUGACUCCAGUUAGGCAUGUAGAUAUCUCAUUUCUUGGAUUGUACUUGAACAUCUCUUUGUAUUUGAUGUCUAGUAUUCUUUUGUUAGCAUUUAUUUUCUUAAAUUUACCUAUAUGCAUAUCCUAAUGACGUUGUAUUGCGUCUUAUCCAUGGCGGCUCAUUCUGGAGGCAAUUCCACUGGACAUCUUUGGCUGUAUUCUUGAAGUGAAUUAAUAUCACGGUUCUGUGUCUUGCUCCUGCAAUUUUUGUAAGUAUAUUCAUGUCCAAUUCCUUUCUCAUCUUUGUCAGUAUUUAUGGCAUUGAUGUCCCUUGGCAUACAGUUUCUAAUAUGGUCAUUCCUAGUUCUUAAUUUUGUUUUGAAAUUAAAUAAAUAUCAAGUUUACAAUUGCAUUAAAAUUUUCCUGCUGUGUUUCUGUUGUGAUUUAGGUGGUGUGUAGGACAGCUUUCUCAUUAUAGGGUUUUGUGCCUUUGUUUUUUCGUCUUAUUUAUAAGCAUGGUUUUUGUGGCUAUGCUCCAGUUUUGUGUUGUCCUAGACACUUGACAUUGUUUUCUGUACCAUAUCCUUGUACUUUUAGUAAAUGGAAUGGAGUUGUAUUUUUUAGUAAAAUUCAUUUCUUGAGGUGUGCAAUACACACUUGGAUACUCACUCUCCCCUUAAAUUUGGAUGAAGGCGAGAAAAUAAAAUAGCUUUAAAAUUUUGUAUAAAAUACUCAUUGGCCAUUACUUAUGAUAGCAUAUUAUGACAUUUGAUUUAUAUAGAUGAUCUCACUC